AUGCCCGACUUUUUGCACACCCUCCCAGCCUACACAGGCCCCUACCACGUCGGGUUCCUCGAAGCCGAGCUACCGGCGCGUCAGCCACGGGCGUUUGCCCCGCAUAUCCGGAGGAAUGGGAGGAGCGCGCUGAGGUUGGAGACGGUGCUGUUUGCGGUUUAUUAUCCGGCGGAGCUGGACCGGCGUGAAAGCCGGAGCACAAGCACAAACACAAACACAAGCGACGACUGGUCCGACACCACCAGCGCCAUGAGCGACGAAACACAACGAAGCAAAACACCACUAAACCAGCUCCCACAACAACAACAACAACAACAACAACAACAACAACAACAACACCAACAAACCCACACAAACCCCCCCAAAUACCGCCGCGUCCCCUGGCUCCCCCGCCCCCGCGCCUCCACCUGCAAAGGCUACGCCAAGUUCUUCAACGUCCCCCACUGGCCUGUGACGGCCUACAUGGCAGCCACCAGCAUGUUCACCAAGCUGCCGGCGUAUCGUAACGCACCGCUGGCGGGGCGGUGGCCGGGUGAGAACUUACUGGGCUCUGCUGGAGAUCCUGAGUUUGGGGGCAGCGAGGAUGUUGAGAAGAAGGGAGGGGAUGAGAUGGGGGAGAGCGAGGACGAGGAGAAAGAGGACAAACGAGAUCGCUCGAAGCCCACAUUCCCCGUCGCCAUCUUCAGCCACGGCCUAGGCGGCUCACGCACCCUGUACAGCUCCAUCUGCGGUGAACUCGCCAGCCACGGCCUGAUCGUGGUAGCCGUCGAGCACCGCGACGGCAGCGGGGCCCGGACAUAUGUCAACACGGGUGGGCAUGCGGAGGACCUCGAUGGUCAGGAGCUUGAUCGGGGGGGUUCUCCAAACGAGUCCAAGCGGAAAAGACACUACUACCGCAAGGACAGAGCCAAAAAUAAGGGGGACCAGUACAAACCCUACUACAAAAUCGACUACCUCUUUCCCAAAGACAACGCCCAAGAUACCUCCCCCCACAACCCCAUCGGCGUCGACAAGGAACUGCGCGGGGCCCAGAUCGAGAUGCGCCUGGCCGAAAUCGAAGAAGCCUACCACGUCCUAGACCAGAUCAACCGCGGGCGGGGGGAGCAGGUGCGUCAGGCCAACCGCCGUUGUCGUCCUCGUGGUCGUCCCGGUCGGCGGCAAGGGAACAGCAACAGCAACAGCAACAACCAACAAGAACAAAAACAACAAAACGUGCAUGUCGGGGCCAGCUCGGCCGGACUAGAAGGCAUCGACUGGGCCGACUGGACAGGGCGGAUGGACCUGGCCAGCGUGACGAUGAUGGGCCACUCGUUUGGCGGUGCGACCACGGUGCAAGCGCUGCGGUCGACGUCGGACAGGCUCGCGUGGAUCACGCAAGGCGUGCUGCUCGAUCCGUGGGGUCCGGCGACGCCCGACUGCGACGGCAGUAAUAGCAGUAACGGCAGCACGGUCAACAAGCCCCUCCUGUCCAUCGGCAGCGAGGCGUUUAUGCACUGGGCCGACAACCUGGCCUGCGUCGAGCGGGUGUGCGACGAGGCCCGCUCCGCCGGCACGCUGGCCUGGAUGAUGACAAUCCGGGGAUCGACACACCUGUCCCAAACCGACUUCGCCGUCCUUUAUCCAAAUUGCAUGUCCUGGUUCAUGAAGAAUCUCGUGGAUCCCGCCCGCGCCAUUUCCAUCACCGUCCGAUCGGCACUUGAGUUCCUCGCCCUCACCCACGGCCACGCUCACGAGCACACUAGGCUGGUCCGCGCCUGGCCGACCGACCAGCUACUCGCCAGCGCCACGCCUGAGGCUGACGACAUCGUGUCGACUUACCGCCCCGACGACAAGUGGGUGGCCGCCCGCCUCAAGAUCCCCCAUGAGUUCUCCAUGCGCCUUCGGGGAAUCCUCCGGAAGAAGAAGAAAGCCGCGCGGCACGGCCAGCUCGGUCAACACAACCAGCCGCAAAACGACGAGAUAUGGUGGCAUCACUCGCCCAGUCCAGACGCGAUGGAGCGCCACAGGAACAGGCACAGCAACCAGAAAUCCCGGUUGCUCGACUCGGCCAGAGCCAGCCUGGAGGGUGUCAUUGCCUGA